CUAUGCUUGAGUUGUAUGGUGGUCGAUUUAUCAAUAUUUUUCGUAAAUUGUUUGCUAAAUAAGGCGGGAAGGCAUUUUUUUGUAUUUUAUAACCAAAAAUGAGUGUCGAAGAGGAUGUUAUGAAAAUACAAAAGAAAUUAACCAAGAUGACAUCAGACGAUGGCACGGGUCAAGAAGAAGCUUUGGAACUAUUAAAAACCCUUCAAACUAUGGCCAUCAAUUUGGAUGUUCUUACUAAGACCAGAAUUGGCAUGACAGUGAAUGCUUUACGGAAAUCAAGUAAAGAUGAAGAAGUUAUAUCUUUGUGUAAAACUUUGAUCAAGAAUUGGAAAAAGUUUUUAUCAACACCUACAACGCCAGGCAAGGAGUCGGGCAGCUCAUCCAAAUCAAAAAAGGAUUCCAGCAAAGAUAAAGAACGAAAGGAUGAAAAGGAAAAAGAUAAAAAAUUGCCAGCUUCAUUCCCACCCCAAUCAAAUACCACUGAUGCUGUGAGGCUCAAGUGCAGAGAACUCCUUACACAAGCCCUAAAAACCGAUGGUGAAAACCCUAACUCUUGUGGUUCUCCUGAAGAACUGGCUGAAGAGUUGGAAGAGUGUAUCUUUAUGGAGUUCAAGAACACUGAUAUGAGGUACAAAAACAGAGUUCGAUCCAGAGUAGCUAACCUCAAGGAUCCUAAAAAUCCAACAUUGAGAACAAAUUUCUUGAAUGGAGUCAUCUCUGCUUCUCGUCUUGCCAAAAUGACCCCAGAAGAGAUGGCGAGUGACGAAAUGAAAAAAUUGCGAGAGAAGUUCAUUAAAGAAGCUAUCGACGACGCUCAGCUGGCAACUGUACAGGGUACUAAAACUGAAAUGCUCAAAUGUGGCAAGUGUAAGAAGAAGAAUUGUACAUACAACCAACUUCAGACGAGAAGUUCCGAUGAACCCAUGACCACUUUUGUUCUUUGCAAUGAAUGUGGUAACCGCUGGAAAUUCUGUUAAGACUGCUUUUAAAUAUUUUAGACUAAUAGUGUAUCUUUUACUGUACGAUACACUGGCGUAUCAAAUAAACUAUUCUUCACUUUUACUAUGAA